AUGCCUGGGAAAUUAAAAGUAAAAAUCAUUGCCGGAAGAAAUUUGCCGGUAAUGGAUAGAAGCAGUGACACUACUGAUGCUUUUGUUGAAAUAAAAUUGGGAACAGUAACUUAUAAAACUGAUGUUUGCCGUAAAACUUUAAAUCCACAGUGGAAUUCGGAAUGGUAUAAAUUCGAGAUGGAAGAUGCUGAGCUGCAAGAUGAACCUCUGCAAAUACGAUUGAUGGAUUAUGAUACUUAUUCAGCUAAUGAUGCUAUCGGAAAAGUCUAUCUUAAUUUAAAUCCUUUAUUAUUACCCUCUUCUCUAGUUGUUUCUCAAGACUAUUCAAAUCUCCCUAACAAUCAAGUUAAAGGUUUAACUAUUAGUGGUUGGCUUCCUGUUUAUGAUACCAUGCACGGUAUUCGAGGUGAAGUAAAUAUAGUUGUUAAAUUAGAUUUGUUUGAAGAUUUCAAUCGUUUUAGACAGUCGUCAUGUGGGAUUCAAUUUUUUUCAAGCUCUAUGAUUCCUGAAGGUUACGAACUAAAAGCCAUUCAUGGAUUUGUUGAAGAAUUAGUUUUUGCUGAUGAUCCUGAAUACCAAUGGAUUGACAAAAUCCGAACUCCAAGAUCCACUAAUGAAGCUAGGCAGACAUUAUUUUUUAAACUUAAUGGACAAGUUAAGAGGAAGAUUGGACUAAAGGUUUUAGAUAUUGGUGCUAAUUCAGUCGUUGGAUAUAAGCAGUGUUUUGAUCUGGAAGGAGAAUGUGGAGUUGUUGUCAGGGGUCUUGGAACUGCAGUCACCUUAGAUCCUAUCACAUCAUUAGAAUUUCAAGAGACCAAAAGAGAACCUUCUCCGCUCUGUAGGCGAUCAUCUGACUCAGACAUUAGUGUUGUUCCACGAGGGAAUAGCUUGGUAAUCACCGACAAACCCAAUAAACCGAUUCCGGCUGUGAGACCUACUGAGCCGUUAGACAUGGGAGAAUAUCCUUUCCUAACACUCACUAAAUAUCCAGCAGGGUUUAUUCAGCAUAUUGGAGGAGUUGUGAGUGCUAGGGCAGUGAAACUCUUGGGUGUUGAUGAAGCUGAAACUCGUGAUUCCUGGUGGACUGAGCUGCGAUUGGAAGUCAGGUCUCAUGCUAGAGCUCUUGCAUGCAAUGCUGUUAUUGCCUAUUCGGAACAUACAACUGUUUGGGAUGAUGUAUGUAUUCUCAGUGCAAGUGGUACUGCAGCUGUGAUCAGUCAAAACCCAAACAUCAAACAAAUGGAUAAUGAUGAAACUGGCUGUUCGAUUUAUCAUAUUCCCUACAAUGAAGCUUCACAUCCUUUUCGAAUGAAGCUCUCCAAGUGUCUUCAAUGCAAGAAUGGAAAAGUUGGAGAAAUACUUCUAAGCACAGCUGAUUUAAUGGAUGGUUCAAAUGUCGACGGCAAAGGUAGCUUGAUUCAAGCGUCUGUAACACGGGUGAAAAGGGAAUGUAAAGGAGAAAUGAACGCCAAAGAGGUUUCAGAUGCAUUGCCUUUUAUAGAAUAUGAGCUUCACACUCAGUUAAUGCAUCGGCUUAGUUCAUCUGGUUGCAAUGGUAUCAUUGGCCUUAAGGUGGAAAUAUGCCUGGGAGAAAGAAUAUUGGUUGGAUAUGCUACAGGGACUGGUAUAAGACUAUCUGCACUUCCCCCUCCUCUUUCACCGACUGAAAAUAAUGAUCUUGUUGGCUCUGAUGAAGACGAUAUUGAAGAGGAACUCAGAGAAUUGGACUUGAAUUCCGGAAACAAAGAAACCAACAUUGUGGAAGUUGGUAAUGAUUGUGGAGGAGGAAAUGUUGGGGUCCCUCCCGAUGGUUUUCUGAUUAGUACUACUCAAGGUAUUCCUGGGGCUUCUGCGGUAGGUCUUGUACCUGUUAGAAAUUUACAGAUGUUUACUCAAAUAUGGAAAGCAAAGAUGUGUCCUUUGCCAUCAUCAGCAUCAAUUUCUUCACAGUUUCAUCGUUUACUUCAAGGUGUUUAUUUUAAACUGCGAGGCAUGACUCCAUGUGCCCUAGCGAACUUGAAAGUUAAAGUAGAUCUUCCUCAACCUGAUGAUCUACAGAUAUCUGUUGUUGGAAUGGCUGUUGGCUUAGCUGAGAUUGAGAAACAUUUGAAUAAUUGCAACUCGAAUAUUGAUGGUAUUGAGUUGAAAAUGAGCAGAGUAGAUGAGGAAUCUGCAAAGAAUACUCCUACAAACCGACCAUCGAGAAAGUCUAUUCAUACACCACCCAGAGAGCAAAGGUAUGGAGUUGAUGUUACACCUUUGUGCUAUGUGCCUGGUGCCCGUAUUAGUAAUUACUUGGGAAAUCUAAAUUUUUUCUUCAUAAGAGAAAGUUCUUGUAUACGUGAAUCUGGAGGAUUAAGCUCUUUUGUCCAUGGCUUUGUAGCUGAAGUUCUUGCAAUAGUUCGAGCCCACGUUACUGCUAUUGGAGGAAAUGCUCUAAUUUCUUAUACAAUGUCAGAAUGUUACCUAAUGAAUAAUACUCAUAAAAAUCAAGCACAGUGUUUAAUAAAUGUUGGAGGAGAUGCAGUUUUUGUCAAGUAUACUGAGUGUAAUGUGUAA